AUGGACACCAACUACUUCGUCUGUACUCUUGGCCAGGCGGCCGCCCUGAGAGAAAAGCCAAACGAUUUUCACACCAUCAAUGACUUCAUCGACCGUCAGGCCAGCCGCGUUGGGGACCAGCCAGCCGUGGGGUUUUUCAAACCACCCGGGGAACAUCAUGUCUUCAGCUUCGCUGAUGUUGAACGCGGCUCCAAAGCCGUAGCGGGCUUGAUGCUGCGCAAUACCGGCCAGGACCUGUGUCCAAAACAGACGGUGGCCCUGCUGUGCCCCAGCUCCCCCGACUUUCUGUUUGCUUGGCUCGCCUUGAUGCGUUUGGGUCAUGCUGUCCUGCUCAUUGCUCCGCAGUGCCAACCCCCUGCCAUCGCACACCUCUGCAAGGCAUGCGAGGUUUCAAACUUGUUUCAUGAUGAUGUCUACGAGGACCAAGCCCGCAGGAGUGCUCAAGAGAUGGAUGGUGGAACUCUUCGUAUCUAUUCUCUUCCUUCCAUUGUAGGAGGGAACAUCUACGAGACGGUUCAGCGGUCACUUAGUGAAGAAACGCACUUUCAGGAACCCAUUGUAGAUGAUACUUCCGUAGCGUACUUGCAUCACACAUCGGGUACAUCCUCUGGCCUCCCCAAACCCAUUCCGCAAACGCAUCGUGCUGGCGUAGGUGUCCUGCCGUGUCUUCCUGACGGAUCUGAAAAGGCCACCUACACUACCACGCCAUUGUACCACGGGGGCAUUGCAGACCUGUUCAGAGCAUGGACUAGCGAUGCCCUGAUCUGGCUCUUUCCAGGCAAGGAGCUUCCAAUCACAGCAAGUAGCAUUAUAUCUUGCUUAGACACUGCGAAGGCUGCUUCCGAUCGCGGCGAGACGCCUCUCGUAAGGUACUUUUCCUCUGUUCCAUACGUUCUGCAAAUGAUGGAAGCGGACAGUAAAGGUCUGGAAUAUCUUACAUCCAUGGACAUUGUAGGCGUGGGAGGAGCAGCACUUCCGACGGAGGUCGGUGAUCGCCUGGUCAAGAAAGGUGUGAACUUAAUCUCAAGAUUUGGUAGCGCAGAAUGUGGUUUUCUGAUGUCCUCGCAUCGAGACUAUGCAAAAGACAAGGAGUGGCAGUGCUUGCGUAGUGAUUUUGGCGCGGACAAGAUUCGCUUCGAAAAACAGGACGAUGGCACGUCUGAGCUUGUCAUCAUGUCUGGAUGGCCACACAAGGCCAAGACGAAUAGAGAGGAUGGAUCCUUUGCCACGGCAGAUCUUUUCUCGCCACAUCCCGAAAUCCCCAACGCGUGGAAGUACCACUCGCGUGCAGACUCUCAACUUACCCUGAUCACUGGAAAGAAGUUCGACCCAGCGCCUUGGGAAUCUGCCAUCGCAGCGAAUGAGCAUGUCGACGAUGUUCUAGUAUUUGGGAACGGCAAGCCUUUCCCCGGCGCAUUUCUGUUCCGCUCAAAGGAACAUGCGCAUGGAACUGAUGACGAGUUCCUGAAGGCUCUUCAGCCCCUGGUUGAGAAGCUCAAUGCGGAAAGCCAGGCUCACGCCAGGAUACCUCGCAACAUGCUCAUUGCCAUGCAACACAACGAGGAGCCACUUGAGAAGAGCAGCAAGGGAACGGUCAUGCGGAACAAAGCCGAGGAGCGGUAUGCGCAGCAAAUAGAAGACGCUUAUGCAAAGCUGAGUGUUGCCGACGGCAGCGAAGUUCCUGAUGAAGGAAUCCAACCUUUCGUCGUUAAGCUCAUUCAAGACAUUGUAGUGAAACCCGGGAAACUUUUCGUGGAUACCGAUUUGUUUUUGUAUGGCGCGGACUCAGUGGCGUGCAUGCAGAUACGAUACGGUCUUAGGCAGCUCUUGCCGGCUCAAUCUCCGGAGCUUCCUUUGAGCAUUGUGGAGGAUUGUGGCACAGUGCAAAGACUCAGCGACUAUAUCACGAAGCAACGCCACGGCGAGGUGUAUGAGGAAAAUGAGGAUGAUAAUCAGCUCAUGCUUGACUUGGUCGAGAAAUACGGCCAAUUUGACAACAAAACGCAGUCUGACCCCUCCUUCAGCGGAAACGCACUGAUUGGGCAGCCUAAAGAAGUAGUUAUUCUAACUGGGGCUACUGGCGCAUUGGGCUCCCAUCUUCUGAACCUCUAUCGAAAGACUGAGUCUGUGUCUCAGAUAUUUUGCCUCGUUCGCGGUGCGGACCAACAUGCCGCAAGAGAAAGAGUCAACAAAGCUCUCGAGCAACGGGGUAUGCCUGGUAUCUCGUCAGAACACCCAGGAAACGACAAGAUCAUUGUCUUGCAGUCUUCACUCGGCGAGGCUGGUCUGGGUCUGGAGCCAGAUACUUACGAAGAAAUUGCUCGCAAUGCAACCGUCAUAAUGCACAUUGCGUGGUCGGUCAACUUCCGCAUGCGGUUGCGCAGCUUCGAAAAAGACAACAUCGCUGGGCUACGCAAUUUGAUCAACCUUGCCCUCCACUCGCCCCGUCGAGCGCCCCCGCGCUUUGUGUAUUGCUCAUCGGUAGCCAGCGCCAUCAAUUGCACAGCCGAAUCGCCUAUACCGGAACAUAUAAUGCAUGAGCCAACGUCCGCCUCUCCGCUAGGCUACUCGCGUAGCAAAUGGGUUGCGGAGCAUCUCUGCUUCAAAGCGCACCGGCAUACUGCGCUACACAACCAGAUCGCCGUAUUUCGUGUCGGUCAGCUCGGCGGCGACACCAAACACGGCAUAUGGAACACGUCGGAGGCCUGGCCGCUAAUGCUUAGUAGUGUACGCGUAACGAACAGCUUACCGGCACUACGCAAUGAGCCACUGAACUGGCUGCCGGUGGAUGUGGCGGCGGAGGCGUUUAUUGAGGCGGCGAACAACAUGGGAAUGGAUACGGUCGGGAGGAGGAGGUUUGAGAUGCAGGUAUACCACUUCGUGAACCCGCAUCAGACGCCGGAUUGGAUGCAGCUGCUGGGUUGGCUGCAAGCCAUGGAGAAGUUUGACGUCCUGGAGCCGGAGGCCUGGGUGGACCGGCUGGAGAGAGCGAGAGACGAGGGCAAAAAGGAACACCCGGCAAUGAAGCUUCUGGGACUGUGGAAAAAGAAUUAUUGCGAAAAGGAUGGGCAGAAAGAGGAAGGAAAAGGAAAGCAAGCGCCGGUUUUCGCACUGGACGAGAGCAAGAAGGUAGCGCCAGCGCUGGGCAGCGUGAAGGCCGUCGACGAAGAGUAUUUCCGGAGAGUGUGGAAGUGGCUGCAGGCGGCGAAAGUCGAGUAG